UUACCAUUUCACCGAUAAAUAACCGAUUAUCACGCACAAGUUCCGACACUGAUAAGGUGUAUUUAAGUGAAUGGUCUUCGAAUAUUCUACCAGUUUAGUAGUGCCGAGUGUCGACGUGACUGACUAAAAUGGCGGGAACAGCAACAGAUUUGCAAACUUUAAAGGAUUUGGCUACACGCAUUAGGAUACACAGCGUGGAAUCCACUACACUUGCAGGUUCCGGCCAUCCCACUACAUCCUCCUCAAUUGCCGAUAUUCUAUCAGUCCUCUUCUUUAGAACCAUGCGCUACAAAGUGUCAGCUCCCAGAGACCCUUCCAGCGACCGUUUCGUUCUUUCCAAAGGCCACGCUGCUCCAGCCUUGUAUGGAGCAUGGGUUGAGAACGGUGCUGUACCCGCUUCUGAUUUAAAGAAGCUGAGACAGUUGGGAUGUGACCUUGAAGGACAUCCUACACCUCGUUUGAACUUUAUCGAUGUCGGUACUGGAUCCCUAGGACAAGGUCUCGCUGUAGCUGCUGGUAUGGCUUAUCUGGGUAAAUACAUCGAGGAAGCCAGCUACAGGGUUUACUGUCUAAUUGGUGAUGGAGAAAGUGCAGAGGGAUCUAUCUGGGAGUCAGUCAACUUCGCUAGCCACUACGGUCUCGACAACUUGGUACUUAUUUUAGAUGCUAACAGACUGGGACAAACUCAACCCACCAUGGUCGGUCACCAAAUCGACAUAUACAAAAGAAGACUCGAAGCAUUCGAUUUCAACACCAUUCCAGUCGACGGACACGAUAUAGGUGCCUUGGUGCAAGCCUUCGACGCUGCAGCUUCCGUUAAAGGAAGACCAACAGCUAUUAUUGCUAAAACUUACAAGGGAAGAGAUUUUCCAGACAUCGAAGACAAAGAGAACUGGCACGGUAAACCCCUUGGAGGAGAAACCGAAAAAAUUCUCAAACAUCUCAAAGGUCUUAUCAGAAAUCAAGGCAAACUUAAAUUCAACAUUCCACCACCCCUCUCAGAAGUCGCACCAGUAACCAUUUCAAACGUGAGACUCUCCUCCCCACCAAACUACAAACAAGGACAAGUGAUGGCCACUAGAGCAGCCUACGGUAACGCUUUGGUUAAGUUAGCAGAAAGCAAUCCAAGGGUAGUAGCUCUCGAUGGUGAUAUGAGCAACUCAACUUUCUCCGAAGCCAUGAAGAAAUACGGGCCAAAGAAUUUCAUUGAGUGCUUUAUUGCCGAACAAAAUCUUGUUGGUGUAGCUAUGGGAAUUAGCUGCAGAGACCGUACCAUUGCUUUUGUAUCCACCUUCGCUGCUUUCUUCACAAGAGCUUUCGACCAAAUCCGUAUGGCCGCCAUUUCUCAAUCCAACAUCAACAUCUGCGGUUCUCACUGUGGUGUUUCUAUUGGUGAGGAUGGCCCCAGUCAGAUGGCUCUUGAAGAUCUUGCUAUGUUUAGAUCUAUUCCUGGAAGCACUGUAUUCUACCCAUCCGAUGUUGUAGCAGUAGAAAGAGCAGUAGAAUUAGCUGCCAACACCAAAGGAAUUACUUUCAUUCGUACAGCCAGAGCUCCAACUGCUGUUGUUUACCCCAAUGACCAGGUCUUCGAAGUUGGAAAAGCCCUUGUACCAAUAUCCACCAACAAAGACCAAGCACUGAUCAUAGCAGCAGGAAUUACUCUACACGAAUCUCUGAUCGCAGCAAAGGAUUUGGCCAAAGCUGGAAUUCACGUAAGAGUUUUGGAUCCGUUUACCAUCAAACCCAUCGACAAACAAGGAAUCAUCAACAACGCCCACCAAGCUGGUAACAGAAUUUUGGUGGUUGAGGACCAUUACCCAGAAGGUGGUAUUGGAGAGGCAGUUUUAUCUGCUUUAGCUGAAGAGAGAAAUAUUAUUGUUAAACACGUAGCCAUUCCAAGAGUUCCUAGAUCCGGUAGACCCGCAGAUUUGUUGAACUACUAUAAGAUUGAUGCUAAGAAUAUUGUAAACCAUGUUGAUGAAUUACUCAAAAAGUAGAUUGUAAGUUAUUAAAUACACAUUUUUCUAACUAAA